UCCCCUUGCACUUGACUCAAAGCCCACACAGAUUCGUCAGGAAGAACCCUAAACCCAGAGAGUUUUCCUUCUUCCUUCUCAGAGAGAUGGCUGAAAUCAACGACAGGAGGAAGGACAUUGUCGUGAUCUUCGACUUCGACAAGACAAUCAUCGACGUCGACAGUGAUAACUGGGUCCUCGAUGAAUUGGGUUUCACUGAUUUGUUCAAUCAGCUUCUCCCCUCAAUGCCUUGGAACUCUCUCAUGGAUCGGAUGAUGGAGGAGCUUCGUGAUGAAGACGUAACCAUUGAUGACGUGAAACGAGUCCUCAGAACGAUUCCGAUUCACCCUCGAGUCGUCCCUGCCAUCAAAUCAGCACAUGCACUCGGAUGCGAGCUGAGGAUAGUGAGCGAUGCGAACAUGUUCUUCAUCGAGACAGUCCUUGAACAUCUCGGGAUUAAAGAUUUAUUCUCUGAGAUUAACACGAACCCAGGUUUCAUCGACGAGCAUGGCAGAUUGAGGAUCUCUCCUUACCAUGACUUCACCAAAUCCUCACAUGGCUGCUCUCGUUGCCCUCCUAACAUGUGCAAGGCUUUGGUCAUUGAGAAGAUUCAAGAUUCUCUAUCCAAAGAAGCGGAGAAGAAGAAGAAGAUCAUCUACCUGGGCGAUGGAGCAGGAGAUUACUGCCCGGCCCUAAAGCUCGACGAUGUUGAUUACAUGAUGCCGAGGAAGAACUAUCCCGUGUGGGACCUGAUCAGCGAGAACACCAUGCUCAUAAGUGCAAAGAUCAGAGAAUGGAUCGACGGAGAAACAUUGGAGAAGGUGUUGGUGGAGAUCAUCGAGGAGAUUCACACGGAAGACGAAGAGGAAGAGAAGAUCUUGGCAUCGGAGAAUUGCAAGAUAACGGUGGGGAAUGUUCAUGAGGCACUGUCUCAUGCUCUCCCGGUUCAAGUUCGUCAGCAUUAGCCAAUUAAAAAAAAAAAAACUUUUACAUUUCAGAUUUGUGUGUGAUCGAUCGAACAAGAACAGAUUCUUGUUCGAUUGAUGUUGUUGUUUGAUUAGUGAAUCAUGGCAUUAAAAACUUGAAUUUGACCUA